AUGCGAUACUCAACUAGAAAUCUAUUUCGUUUUGUACGAAAAAUAAUAUUAUGUCCAUUAAUUUAUCAAUUAAACAAUCUAUUCUUUAACAAAGAUUUUUGGCCUAGUUGCGUUCAAUGGAACGAACAACUACAAGAUCAUCUUCAUUUAUCUUUUUCAAAGAAAAUAUUUAUCUUUAUUUUGAAUCGUUUAAAAAUCGAAUUGAAAUCUGUGCAUUUAAAUAUCAUUCAUUUCAUAUUUUCUAUUCAAUGGUUGACAUCGCUAUUUAUUAUUAUUUUCUAUAUAUUUCAAUUUGGAAUUAACACAGAUGAUGAUCAUUUAUUUUGCAUGAAACAUAUCCCUAUGUUCCUCAAAGCACAUGCAUUUAACGUGUUCUUAUGUACAUCGAUCUUUUGUAUUAUUCAUUAUGACAUAUCGCAGAAUCGAAAUAUACUAGAUCAAUAUGGAAUCGAACCCGUUUGCAUUCCCACUAAACUUAUCUCAAAUUCAAAAAAAUUAUGCGUGGUAUGUUAUGAUGAAAAACAUUUCAAUGAGUUUUGUUUCAGCACUAUCAAAAGCGAUUGUCAGCAUUUAAAUCGAACGAUUUGUAAUUCUUGUCUCUUUCAUCAUGUUGAACAAGCAUGUCAAAUUACAUUCACUGAUGAUGUCUAUUGUCCGGAAUUGGGCUGUGAUGUCAAAUUUGAUUACAAUACAGUCAGGGCGAUUCUUUAUUUCAAUCGCGAUAAGAAACUUGUUGAAAGAUAUGAUCGAUUUGUGUUGCAUCGGCAAUUAGAACAAAUGGAUGAAUUUAUUUGGUGUUCAAAUAAAUUAUGUAAUAUUGGACAAUUAAAUGAAGGUGGAAUUUUGAAUAAUAUAGUUACUUGUUUUCAAUGUCAGCAGAAGACAUGCUUUCGGCAUAGAGUCGAAUGGCAUCAAGGAUUAACUUGUGAAGAAUAUGACCAAUUUAUGGAUUUCGAUUAUGAAUGUAGUCGACGAUGGAUUGUCGAGCAUUCUAAAAAAUGUCCUAAUUGUCCAUAUCAAAUAGAGAAAAAUGAUGGAUGUGAUCAUAUGACUUGUAUUAAAUGCCGUCAUGAAUUUUGUUGGGCUUGCUUAGCUGAUUUUCAACCGAUACGACGACAUGGAAAUCAUCGGCAUGACCGAACUUGUAGACAUUAUGUUCCUAACGAAGACUAG